CGGGUCGUUCCAAAGAUGAAGAAGUCUUCCUUGUUCUUCGUCUUGUUAUGCUUGUUCCAAUUAAGCAAAGCAGUUGCUCGUAAACAUAAAAAUGGAUUUGAAAGCCAUGGAAUCACAACUGUCACUAGUUUCGGAGCUGUUGGUGAUGGGAAGAUCGAUGAUACUCAGGCUUUUCUUAACGCAUGGGAGGCUGUAUGUAAGGGAGGAAGUAAAGGCAAUACAAAGCUUCUAGUGCCUUCAGGAAAAACCUUCAUGAUUAAACCUCUUACAUUCGCCGGUCCAUGCAAGUCUUCCUCCAUCUCCUUUUUGAUUAGAGGCAAUCUUGUGGCGCCAUGUUACACUUGGGACGUGGGAAGAUACCCAAUAUGGAUUAGAUUUGACAGUAUCAACGGUCUAGUUGUCACCGGAGGCGGCACGAUCGACGGUUGUGGUCCUGUGUGGUGGAAUAUCGUUCCGGAUCGUCCCACCGCAAUGCACUUCAACAACUGUAAUGGUCUUAGGUUGUCCAAACUCCGACACUUGAACAGCCCUCGGAACCACAUAAGUCUAAGCUGUUCAGAGGACAUCAAGGUCUCAGAUCUGAAUAUUAAUGCACAUUUUAAAAGUCCCAACACAGAUGGUAUCGACAUAUCGAACUGUAGAGGAGUCGACAUACGUCACUCUAAUAUUUCCACCGGAGAUGACUGCAUCGCCAUUAAUAGCGGUUCCUCUUAUAUCAACAUAAGCGACAUUUUUUGCGGCCCCGGUCAUGGCAUCAGCAUAGGAAGCCUUGGAGAAAAUGGACGUUUUGCUACCGUUGAAGAAGUGAUUGUAAAGAACUGCACUUUGACAAACACAGAUAACGGCGUCCGAAUCAAGACAUAUGAGAACGGAUCGGGAUAUGCUCGGAAAAUCUCAUUCGAUAAUAUCAACAUGGUUGCUUCAAAGAACCCUAUUAUCAUCGAUCAGAACUACCACGAUACGGGCACGGACGGAUACGUAGGCUUUGAAGAAAGUCUAGAUAAAAGCUGUCAUUUAAGCCCAGCUUACCAGAUUCAGUCUAGUAGUAAUGGCAGAGGCGUGAAAGUGAGCAAUGUGCGUUACAGUAGAAUCCGAGGGUCAUCUGCGAGCGAUAAGGCCAUCACAUUGAACUGCGAUGCGGAGUUGGGAUGUGCGGAUAUUAUGAUGGAUCAUGUGAAAAUAGUUUCAGCGACAUCAGGUCGUAACUUGAUUGCUUCGUGCAACAAUGCUCAUGGGGUUUUUAAUGAUACGCUUUUUUUCGUUAAGCAAAAAAAAGAUUCACUGGUUUGUAUUCCACUUGUAAUUCGUCAUUAACCAAAAACAAAAUGGAU